AUGACUUCCAGACAAGAAGGACACAUCCAGUGGAUUGAGGGACUCCGUGGCAUUGCGUCAACGCUGGUUUGGAUCGCCCAUGUUACACGUGCCUUUGAUCUUGAUCUCUACUCUCCAGUCUCUGGCGAAGGAUUGAGACCACGACUGCUCCAACUUCCUUUUCUUCGGAUCAUGAUCCAAGGCCGACUGGGUGUCAUCAUAUUCAUCUACGUCACAGGCUAUGUAUGUGCAUUGAAGCCGUUGGCGCUCUUUCGACGGGGCAAUUAUGAAGCAGGCUGGAGUUGCGUUUCCAAGUCUGCGCUUCGGCGGCUUCCACGACUAUUAUAUCCAAGUGCCAUCGCAACAGCUUUGGCAUGGACUGCGACACAACUGGGCCUCUUCCAGGCUGCCAAGAUGACCAAUAGCUAUUAUCUGACACAAACAGUCCAAGACAAGUUACCGAUAUCUUUAGCAGUCAGACGGCUUUUUAUCAAUAUCUUCAACACCUGGACCGGAGCUGGGAAUAAGUACGACGUUCACCAGGGCACGCUCUUCGAACUCUUCAAAGGCGGAAUUUUCGUGCUACUGUUCAUCACUGCGACUGCAAAGGUGCAGGAAAAGUUCAGAAUGGGUGCGUCGUUACUACUAUGGGCCUACUUUUGGGCUUGCGGGAGACCGUAUUUUAUGCAAUUCUGGUGGGGUGUCUUCAUGAAUGAUUUACACAACUCUCGAGUGUCUCAUCGCAUCUCAUGGAGCAAGUCUCGGUACAUCCCUUUUCUCGGUUUCUUGUCCGUGGGAGUCGGCCUCUUCAUCGCCUCGUUCCCUGAAAGCCGCAUUGAACUGGCUUCCUGGUCGCGCUGGCAAGAUCAGAUCCUAUCAGCAAUUGUCCCCAAGGACUCCGAAUUUCCGAAAUUUGCAUCUUCCUUCGGGUUCUGCCUUUUAACAAUUGGCGGAGCCCUACUCCCUGGGUAUACGGACAUUCUAUGCCACCGUGUCUUGAUUCAGCAACCAGAAGGCGCGUUCACAAAGCUUGAAUACGCAGGUAAUACGUGGCUACUAUUCUGCCUACCGGCUUGGCUUGGGAUUUUAUACGGACUUGCUGAGAUCUGGACGAGAUACGUUGACACAGCAGCUGAACGGUUCACCUCUCAAUUUGUUGCCUACAUACGACAGGAGGAAAUCAAGGGCUCUUCGCUUGUCUAA